AUGAGUAGAAGAUAGGCUGUACUUACAGGGUUCACUGGGAGUGGGAAAACCACCUUUUUCAAUAAAAUAUGUAAAACAAACUAACCUACACAAUCAGGAGGUAUGUCACUUACGAGAUAAACAUUUUUAAAAGAGGCUGCUUUUGGAAGUGGAUUUCGAGUAUUAGAUACUCCAGGUUACGGAUCAAAAUCGGAGAAAAUUAUUCAUGCUGUAAGUGUUUUAAAUGCACUAACUGAAGGCCCAGUUAAUUAAAUAUUUAUAGUUGUUAAAUGGGAAAGAAUAGACUUAAUGUAAGACUAUAUCAAAUUCAUUGUUGUAAAAUUUUAAAGAUUUAGACAUCUUUUAACAAUUGCUGUGACACAUUGGGAUACUGCAGAUUUGUCAACUAUAUAAAAAAAUGAGGAAUAAGUAAGAAAGUUGGCAGCUUCAUAUAAAAUAAAUUCUGUGAUAUUUGUAUCCAAAUUUGAUACUGGUGAAAAGAUUUGUGCAUAAAUUGAUUCUAUUUUGGAUCGAUGCUAAGCACAAGAUGUUAAAUUAACGGAUGCAGAAUUUUAUUCUAAUUUUGAAUUAGUUGAAUUAUAAGAUGAAAUUGAAUUUGAAUUAGAAUGUAAAAAGGAAGAUGUAAUCUAAAACUUUAGAAAAUUAGCAAAUGUUAUAAGGUAAUAUAUUAAAGAUUUUGAUGAGAAAGACAAAUCAAUGCAUGAAAUAAUGCAUUAUUUGGCUUUAGAGACAAAAAAAAUAGCAGAAAACUUAAUCACAGAUUUUGAAAUAAAAAAUAAUGCAGAAUUUUCUAAAUUGUUUGAGUAUCAUUAAAAUCCUAGUCUUGCCUAUCUAGUUCAUUUUGAAUUAAAGAAGGCUGUGAUGGUAGAUAUUGAAGAUAUUGUAAAGCUUACUCAAUAAAAAAUGAAAAAUAAUGAAGAGCAUUUUUUCAAUUUUAUUAAAGCCUGCCCUCACUGUGGACUUAUUUGGUUAAAAGUAUCCGGAUGUUAAUAUGGUACAACUUGUGGAAAUUUUCCUGAUAAAGAUGAUAACAAAUUUGAAAAGUAUAAAUUUCAUUCAAGAUACACAUUUAAUAUAUCAGAUAAAGGAGUAAGUUAUACGGAAAACAAAGACUUUAUGUAAAAAUCAUAAAUUACUCAUCCUAAAAAAUAUGUUGAUCCCUCUGAAAAAAACCAAAAAAAACUGGGAUGCGGUAAAGAAAUUAUUUGGGUUGAUAUUCCUGCUCUUUCACCUUAAUAAUUAAAAGAGCUAAUUGAUCCUGGACUUAUGGAUUAUUUCGCUUAAGAGGUUCCUAAGGAAGAGUUGAGGAAUAUUUUAAUGAAAGCUUAAAAAUCUGUUUAAAGUUAAGUCGAUUAAGCAAAAAGUGAAACUAAAGUAAUUAGAUUAUGA